GAUGCGGGGUCCGGCGGCGGCGCUGCGCGAAGUGCUGCGCGACUUCCUCUCCUUCCACCGCGCGAACUGGGCGGAAGGGAAACUUUCGGUCUGCAACGAGGCGGCGGUGACGAGCCCGGCCCGGCGCCUGCUGGCCUCGGGCGCCGGCUUGCCCGACGGCUGGGGGAGGUGGGACGUGUACGGCAUCGCGGAGAGCUGCCUGGCCAUGAAGGGCGAGCGCGGCGCGGUGGUCUUCCGCAAGCUGGCCCGGGCCUUCGAGUUCCUCGAGCUCGUGUGCGCCAACCUCUUCCUCUCGCCGUGGAGGAGGGAGAUCAAGUCGCUGAAGACUUUUACAGGAAACUAUGUCUACUACGUACAGUCUGUUCUCCCAGAAGGGGUGGUGCAAAGACUGCUGAAGGAAAUAGGUUACGUCCCAACCACGGCCACUGAGUUUUCACUGGUGAGGAAGCCGGAUGAGGGGGAAGCCGAGCAAGCAGCCUUUGAAAUAUUCCUUGCCAGACUCGAAUGCGAGGAUCUCCUUGACAUGGCUGAAGAUGUGAGGGACAGUGAUUUGGGGGACAUACUGCAGAAGAGAGCCCAAAGGCGUUGGCAUCCUGCAGGGAACCUAGCUGGAAAGGCCCCGCCUUUUCUGGGAAAGGAAAAUGUGGUUGUUGGAGGAAGAAACGAAAGGCAAGGAGGCUUCAGUCCUCCACAGACAGAUGUGGCCCCCAGCAAAUUGACUUUUGAAGAAGCCAAAAACACAGAGCUCAGAAGUGAGCUUGGCCUCCAGUGCACCACAGCGGAGCCUCGGGCAGCCCCUUCCAAAUGUGUCUGCAAGCAAAAUGCAAACCAAUGGAUCCAAGCAGGUGCCUCAACAGGCUGCCCUGUCAAAGGCUCCGAUAGUGAGGAUUUCCUGAUUAAGUAUAGUGACCUUGUCAUUGGCCAGAAGCCUCUCCACUUUGCAGAUGUCCCUCCCAAAGCAUCAGAUGAUGCAACUCCAAACACGGGAGUCAUGGGGACAAAGCUAGGGCUACCAACAAACGGGGCACCCUCCCUCACUCUUCUGUCCCCCAGUGCAAGCGGCCCGCAGGCUUUAGCCAUACUGAAUGAUGUCACUUUAGAAAGCAAGGUCCCUUAUGACUAUGGAAGCCCAGAAUCUUCCACAGAGACCAUUGAAUCCAAAAUCUGUGGUGCCAUGAGGUGCCUGAACCUUCACAGAGCAAAUCUAAUGGACCAUCCCCAAGAAUUGAAAGGGGACAACAUGCAACAUGACAACCACCAUGCGGGGCACAGCUGCUUGAGGGAAGAGAGACCCACUGACUUGUCCUCAAGUGAGAAGACGCAGUCCAAGAAAGACUGUGUGGAGAGACUUGUGCAUCCUGUAGAGGAAACGGCACAAACAGAGUCCAGAGGAAGCAAGGGGAGAGCCAAAGAUUUUAGUCAUUCUCAGAUGAAACUUGCAGAUCUGCCCGGUGGCACCAGGGAAGGCUUUCAUGUCGACCUCUAUUCAUCAGACCUCUUCUGCAGCAUUGCUGGUUGUGGCUGUACCAUGGCUGGUUCAAACUACAGCAGGCCUCUGGCAGGCCUUCCAGGAGCAUGUGAUGCUGGACAGUACUGCAGGCAUUGCCAAGAGUUGCUCAGGUCAAGCCACCCCUUGGCUCAGUAUCACAGCAGCAUUCCAGCCAGAGUGCCAUACAGAGAAGGCUCUCCUUUCCAGUUCUCCUUCUCAGACUUCCAGUCUUGUGUUGCGCCUGUGACUGAAACUAACCCAGAGGGUUAUGUCAUCAUCAACAAGGAGCACUAAGCCGCAAGGGCAACUGGUGCCCGUACAUUCCAAGUUUGCAAUGUCAUUUAUGGGCAAAAAGAAAAAUGUGUUCAGCAGCACAUUUGAAAAAUGCAUCCUUUUGAAAAAAAAAUACUUUAAUCGAUACAAGAAAAUGCAUAUUUCAAAAAUGCACAGAACUGUAAACUUACAAAAAUACGUACAGGAAAAAAAACCAAGACUUGCAAUCUGUUACAGAUGGAGCAAGCUUUAAGAUGCAGUUCAGAGAACCUUGAAAAGCUUGAGCUUUGCUGAUUUGCGUAGGCCUAACUAUGCUUGCUGCAAACGUUUGAAAAGUUACAUCCAUGAAAAAGCAUCCUGGGAGUGAGUGCUGUUUCCUGGGCUAACCUGACACAAGGCAGGCCACUUGGUAAUGUCAUUAAAUUAACUAGAUUAUAAAAACCUCUGAUACAAAUUUGUAUCUUGCUCUGCCUCAGCUCAGUGUGGGUAGAGUGUAUUUGAAUUAAAUCCCAAGGAUGGUCCCUCUAGAGGGGUGUUUUUUCUUGUGAUUGUAUUUCAGAUGUUGUCUGUUCAGCUAAAAAGAAGCAUAAAUCUGCUAGUAUACUUCUAAAAUCAUACUGUUCCAAUGAAUAAUUAAACCAGUUUUCAAACUGUUCCAUUUAAUCUGAAAAAGAACAAACCACAAGAUGUCUUUCAACAUCACUAGGUGUUUAAUAAAGAAGUAAGAAGAGGAAUGUUAGAAUGUGACUCUUCUAAAGGAUGGGGCAAAAAUGCUUCAGUAAAUAAAAUAGCUUUUGACUUC